AUGACAAAUGAGCCUAGAAUGGGUCACUCUGAUGAAGCACUUCUUGUCACUGGACAAGGAAUAUUCCAGAUGUUUACAGACAAGGAGCCAGCAGUUCGUUUUAUCCACCUUCAGUGGGUUGACUAUACUUCUACAGUCAGAGUCAGAGUUUUGACAAUCAGACACUUUAAACAACUUCUCGAGCAAAAACGGUAUCUGGGCCUUUGUAGACACUACCUUUCGAUGAUAGACAUGGCUUUGCCCUUCACUCACUACGAGCCUGAACGGCCAGUAGGGCAGUGUCUUCUAUUUCCUGACUUUCGCUCCAUCUACCUACACAGCCCUCAGAAUGCCGUCAUGUUCUGCUACUUUGGAAAUUUGGCAUCUGUGUAUAAAGAACUAAGCCCGGGCGAGCACAGGUUUGUUGCUCCAAUGUGUCCGCGGCGAACACUGUACCAAGCAAUUGCGCAGGCGCAUGGUUUGGGAUUAAGAUUUCGUGUCGGGUUCGAACUAGAGUUCACUUGCAGCCCACAUCUACAGCUUUACCCUGACUUGGAAGAUCAAAUACAUCAAUCUUCUGGCUUUCGGUCGCUUGAUUCACGAAUGCUCCCUGUCUUAUGCGACAUCACGACCAAACUCGAACAUCUAGGGAUACCAGUUGAACAAUUCCAUUGCGAAGGAAGCCCGAAUUCAUACGAACUCGUGUUAGGAUCAUUGUCCCCGAUGGAAUCCAUCGAUGCUCUAACAAUAACUAAAGAGACGGUCAGAAAGAUCUCUCACCAGAAUAAUAUACAUGUCACGUUCAAUCCGUCUCAACCCAGCAUUAACGGUUUACAUACGGCCAUUUCUUUGCAGAGCAGUGAGCGUGCCGUGGAAGAAAUUGAGAACCAUUUUCUUGCUGGUAUCAUCAACCAUAUUGAAGCUCUAUGUGCCUUUGCUUUAAUCAGACCGGAGAGUUAUGACCGCACCAGCCCCAGCCAAUGGUGCACAGGUCGAUGCAUUGCAUGGGGUGUGGACAAUCGAGAAGUACCUAUCAGGAAGCGUGGCUCUGGAUGCUGGGAGAUGCGAUUGCCGGAUGCAUCUGCACAGAUGUACAUGUACAUGGCGGCGAUGCUAGGUUCCGGAUUAGACGGCAUAAGGGAGAAAACAGAAUUGACUCUUAGUAACUGCACUGUCGACCCUGCCACGAUAUCGGAUAAAGAACGUCGGCAAUAUGGUAUUAACAAUGAGCUUCCAUCGUCUCCCGAUGAAGCAUUUGUAGCUCUUUGCAAGAUCCUCUCAUGA